CCGGCCACACCCGGUGGCCCGCGCCAGCCCAGCCCGGCGCGCGGUGUAUAUAUACCGCCUCACUAUCCCGCUCCUUCCUCACCAACUCAUCUCUCUCGACUCCGGCCAGUCAGUCUCUUCUUCUUCUCUAGCGAGCGAGCAAGCUAGGCUUGGAGGUGACCGAAAAUGCCGGUCAGCAGGAUCGCCGUGGGGAGCCACCGUGAGGUGUACGAGGUGGGCGCCCUCAAGGCGGCGCUCGCCGAGUUCAUCUCCACGCUCAUCUUCGUCUUCGCCGGCCAGGGCUCCGGCAUGGCCUUCAGCAAGCUGAGCCCCGACGGCGCGGCGACCCCGGCCGGCCUGAUCUCGGCGGCGAUAGCGCACGCCUUCGCGCUGUUCGUGGCGGUGUCCGUGGGCGCCAACAUCUCCGGCGGGCACGUGAACCCGGCCGUGACCUUCGGCGCCUUCGUGGGCGGCAACAUCACCCUCUUCCGCGGCCUGCUCUACUGGGUCGCCCAGCUCCUGGGCUCCACCGCCGCCUGCUUCCUCCUCCGCUUCUCCACCGGCGGGCUCCCCACCGGCACCUUCGGGCUGACCGGCAUCGGCGCGUGGGAGGCGGUGGUGCUGGAGAUCGUGAUGACCUUCGGGCUGGUGUACACGGUGUACGCCACGGCCGUGGACCCCAAGAAGGGCAGCCUGGGCACCAUCGCGCCCAUCGCCAUCGGCUUCAUCGUGGGCGCCAACAUCCUGGUCGGCGGCGCCUUCUCCGGCGCGUCCAUGAACCCCGCCGUCUCCUUCGGCCCCGCCCUCGUCAGCUGGGAGUGGGGGUACCAGUGGGUGUACUGGGUCGGCCCCCUCAUCGGCGGCGGCCUCGCCGGCGUCAUCUACGAGCUGCUCUUCAUCUCCCGCACCCACGAGCAGCUCCCCACCACCGACUACUAAGCAACCAAGCUUGCAUGCGAGCUCGCCGUCCAUCCGUGUGAUGAUCGAUCGCGUCUCGUCAUCGUCUCCUUCCUUGCCAUCGCCAUGAGUCGUUUUAGUUUGCUUUGAAUGAAUCCAUCCAUCCCUGGGUCGAUCGGUCGGCCAGUAGUCGAGUCAGUUUGUGGUGCGUUCGUGCGUGGAGCUGUAAAAGCGUGGAUGAUCUCGAUCUGGGACGACCGACCCUGUCAAUUUGCUUCUGUAAAACUGUGAAUUCGCCCGCCCCGCCCGAGUAAUUUCAAGUUCAGUUGAGUUUGAACC